CAGGUAUAGCGGUGUGAGUCGCUCACUGCACAGGGAUAGAUACACUGUUCACCAGCCAGAGCACGGACAGCGCCAUUUAUGCAGAGACUUUACAGCUUAUCGAGGGAUAACCAAAGGGUUUACAAAAGGAUUACCUUCUGUUUCUGCCAACCCUGUACCUCAAGAAUGAUGUCCUCGUGAUGCCCUUGUGGAAGUAGGUGCAUUCCAGAGGCCCACCUUGGCAGCUAGAGGAGAGGUUGGCCUCAGUCACCAUGACAGCGUUGCCACGGAACCUAGUUUCCCUGGCUGUGUCUGGCCUUUUCCUCUGUCUGCUCUCUUUUGGCAUCCCCGCUGUGUUGUCCCAAAAGCCCACAUCGCCCACAGAGCCGAGCCCAAGAUUACAGCCACAGAGCAGAGCAGAGUGUACCCACCAAGAGCACCCUACUAUCUCAAUUCAAGCAUUAAGCCCUUGGAUUUCCACUUUCUCUCACCCUAGUGUACGAGACUACUCCCAACUCACUCUUGAUCUGACCAGGAAUGAGCUAAUAGUAGGAGCAAGAAACUACCUCUUUCGUCUGAACUUAAGCAACAUUUCACUUAUUCAGGCGACAGAAUGGGGCCCAGACGAAGACACCAGGAGGUCCUGUCAAAGCAAAGGGAAGACGGAGCUGGAGUGUCAAAACUACAUCCGAGUCCUCCUGGUUAACAAGACAGAGGUGAUGACAUGUGGCACCAAUGCUUUCCAGCCUCUCUGUAUCAUCCGAGAGGUGGGGAAUAUGAGCAGGGUAUUGGAACGAGUGAAUGGCGUGGCACGCUGCCCCUAUGACCCUCGCCAUAACUCUACGGCAGUUGUGACAGACAGUGGAGAGCUGUACGCUGCCACAGUCAUCGACUUCUCUGGCAGGGACCCAGUCAUAUACCGCAGUCUGGGAAACAUGCCUCCUCUGAGGACUGCCCAAUACAACUCCAAAUGGCUUAAUGAGCCUCAGUUCAUCUCAGCAUACGAUAUUGGACUCUUUACCUUCUUCUUCCUGAGGGAGAAUGCAGUGGAGCAUGACUGUGGCAAGACGGUGUACUCUCGAGUGGCGCGUGUCUGUAAGAAUGACAUUGGUGGCCGCUUCCUGCUUGAGGAUACAUGGACCACUUUCACCAAGGCUCGUCUGAACUGCUCCCGCUCUGGAGAGAUCCCCUUUUACUACAAUGAGCUCCAGAGCACUUUUUACCUGCCUGAGCAGGAUCUCAUCUAUGGAAUCUUUACCACCAAUGUGAACAGUAUAGCUGCAUCGGCAGUUUGUGCAUACAACCUUAGUGCCAUCACACGUGCAUUCAAUGGGCCAUUCCGCUCCCAGGAGAACCCACGCUCCACCUGGCUGCCAACUUUUAACCCCAUCCCCAACUUCCAGUGUGGUACCAUUGAGGACGAGGGACCCAAUGAGGGCCUAACCGAGCGCAGCCUGCAGGAUGCCCAGCGACUCUACCUCAUGAAUGACGUGGUCCAGCCUGUGUCUGUCAACCCGCUGGUGUGGCAGGAUAAUGUUCGCUUCUCCAAGCUAGUAGUGGACAUUGUGCAGGGCCAGGACACACUCCACCAUGUCAUAUACAUAGGCACAGAGUAUGGGACCAUUCUAAAGGCUCUGGCCACCACAAGUAAGAGUCUUCAAGGCUGUUAUUUGGAGGAGAUGCAGCUCCACCCCCCUGGUGUAAGAGAGCCAAUCCUGAGUCUCCAGAUUCUCCAUGGCGACAGGACUCUCUUUGUGGGUCUGAACGACAGAGUGCUAAAAAUUCCUCUGGCUAGAUGCUCCAGCUAUAAAACAGAACAGAUGUGCUUGGGUGCCAGAGACCCAUAUUGUGGUUGGGACAGAAAGCAGCGACGCUGCACUACAAUUGAGGAUAGCUCCAAUAUGAGCCAAUGGUUCCAGAACAUCACUGCGUGCCCGCUCCGGAACCAAACCACGGACGGUGCCUAUGGCCCCUGGACUCCAUGGCAGCCUUGCAGCCAUGAUGAUGGCGAUGGCACCAGUGCUUGCCUUUGUCGUUCUAGGGCAUGUGACAGCCCUCCACCCCUCUGUGGGGGAAAAAUGUGUGAGGGUCCUACUAUGGAAGUGGCCAACUGCUCAAGGAAUGGUGGCUGGACUCCCUGGUCAUCAUGGGGUCAGUGCAGCACCAGCUGUGAGAUUGGCUUCGAGGUGCGCCAGAGAUCCUGCAACAACCCCUCGCCCAGACACGGCGGCCGAGUGUGUGUGGGUCAAGCCAGAGAACAGAGAUUCUGCAAUGAUAAGGUUCCCUGCCCUCAGCCUGUUUUCUGGUCGUCGUGGUCACCCUGGUCUAAGUGCAGUGCUGAGUGUGGGGGAGGAGUGCACUCUCGCUCUAGGAACUGUGAGAAUGGAAACAGCUGCCCAGGCUGUGCUCUGGAGUACCAGGCCUGUAAUCUGGAGUCAUGUCCUGAGGUGAGGCGGAACACUCCGUGGACACCAUGGGUGCCAGUCAAUGUAACUCAAGGUGGUGCACGCCAAGAGCAAAGGAUGCGCUACAUUUGUCGGGCGCACCUGGCAGAUCCACACGAACUCCAGCUGGGUAAAAGGAAGGUGGAGACACGCUUCUGUCCCAACGAUGGCACGGUCACCUGUGACACAGACUCUCUCGUGGACGAGCUUCUCAGGACUCCUGGCGUGAGACUCACAGGUUCCAGCUGGUCAUUGUGGGAGUCAUGGACUUCUUGCAGUCAGGAAUGUGCUAGAGGCUAUCGCUCCCGCAAACGUACCUGCACUGGCAUAGACGGCAAGAGCUCUCCCAAUGCCUGCAGAGGAACUCCUGUAGAGUACCAGGACUGCAAUCCACAGUCAUGCCCAGUGAAAGGGGCCUGGUCUUGCUGGUCGUCAUGGUCACAGUGUACGGUGCCAUGCGGUGGCGGCCACUACCAGCGGACACGCACAUGCACAAGCCCCGCACCUGCCCAUGGAGGGGACAUCUGCAUCGGGCUGCAUACAGAGGAGGCUCUGUGCAACACACACACCUGCCAGGCAGGUGGCUGGAUGGCCUGGACCUUGUGGUCUGCGUGUGAUGAUCUAGGCCAGCAGUCUCGCACUCGGGUGUGUGGCAAUCAGGGUUCUGCAUGUGUGGGGAACACCACCCAGUACAAGGACUGCAACGAGAUUCCUGUGAUUUUACCGGCAUCUGGCUAUGAUAAAGACCAGCAAUGUGGGGGGUUCACUCUAUUGCAUCUGAUAGCGACAGGUGUCUCAUGUUUCCUGGGAGCUGGCCUGUUGUCAUUCCUAGUGUAUGUCUACUGUCAGCGCUUCCACAAACCUUCACAGGAGUCGGCUGUAAUCCACCCUACCACCCCUAACCACCUCAGCUACAAGGGCAACACCACGCCAAAGAAUGAGAAAUACACACCCAUGGAGUUCAAGACACUAAACAAGAACAACCUACUGCCAGAUGAAAGAACCAACUUCUUUCCUUCACAAAUCCAGCAGACAAAUGUCUACACCACCACCUAUUACCCCACAGCGCUAGGAAAAUAUGACUAUCGCCCUGAGUCCUCCCCUUCACCCUGCAGAACCUACAAUCCCAGCUGAGACCUGUGUCCCACCCCCUGGCUAUAUUGCCAUGGUGAUGGGGAAUACUGACAGCGUGGAGCUUCUUUUUUUUUCCUGUAAACUCUUACCAUGUGCUCCACCCAUGCACUCUCGGCACCUGAUGAGUAUAGGUGCUCUUCUGGAUUAUUCCGCAUGAGUCUUUACGAUCCCACCAUGGAGGAUACCAGCAUGUCAUAUAAAUCACAGCUAAUGGUGUUUCAGAUGGUAUUCUAUCUUGGGAAUGUGUAAAAUUGUGUAGCUACACUGAUGUCAAUUAUUUAAACUCUGUGAAACUCAAGGUAUCCUUAACUGAAAUGGUUCUCUGGCUAAAUAAAAAAGGACCACUAUGUAAGCUGGCUCUACUCUUAUGUGAAUUCCAAAAUGGAUAUGCUCAAGAUACAUAUUUGCAAAUAUCACACCAAGAAAGGAAGCAAAAAAAAUAUGGUUCAAGAAAGGAAUUAACAGAAUCUGUGCAAGGCCCAAGAUUCCACAGUAGGCUGUGGGGACGCAGAACCUACUCAGUCAGGAAGUCAGUAUGAGAGCGUCUACAAAACAGUGCAGAGGAUGGAGUCCAUUGUGCCACUUUUAAGUCGACUCUGGGGAAGAAGCAAUAGGAUUGUACCUGGACUCUAAAGACCACCAUGACUCUUCAGUCUCUGCCGUGUUACACUUCGGAUCUCAUAUGAACCAUACUUCAGUAUUCUGAACAAUUGGUUUGCCUUGAUGGUUGUAUUAAAUACAACAAGCUUGGACAAUAUUUUUUUUAUUGAAACAUUAUAGAAAAAAAUGAUAGCUUGGCACUUUUUAAAAUAUUUUAAAGAGGAAAUUAUUUGACAGUUGUUUGGAAAUGAAGUAGGAUAGAUGAAUAUUAGGGUUUAUUUAAAGAAUUCACACUUUGAUGGGAUAUUCUGAUUUUGUUCCAGUUAUUAUAUUUAGAUGUAUUAUUUUGUACUUUUUAGAGAAUUAACCAUCAUUAUUUUUUAAAUAUGGCAUUAAUUUAUACAGCAUUAAUUGUGAAAAGAAAUUAUACAGCAUUACUCGUACUAUCAAAUAUUCAUAAUUUGUUCUUCAAGCUAUGAUAAAAGUGAUUCAAAUAUUUCCUCAUUUAAUCACAUCCUGCUCAUUUUCUUCAUCAUAAUUUGACAAUAUAACUAGGCAGACAUACAGUGGGCAUCUUAAAAGGAAUGACCAAGCUCAAAUUUAUGCAGUGUUAAAGGGCAUAAUAAAGCAGGAAUGCACAUUAUUUAAUUUUUUAUAUCUCAUUCAUUAUAUCCAGUAUCUAAUGCACUCUUCAGUUCUGCAUAAAAAAAUUAUGACAGUAAAACAGGAAUGAGAGCCUGGAGAAUCUUGUUGGGGUACAAUAUUAUUUAAAAUAAGCCUAGUUUGUUAGGGGCAUUCAAGAACAAAGCUAUUUUUAUUAUGCUCGUCGAAGGAAUGCUGUCAGUGGUGACCUUUAGUUAAGCUAAGCACGAGUGCUUGUUUUGUACAUAGGUAAUGCCCCACUAUGACACAUAAAAUAAAAGUUAGUGUAAUGUACAUGUACAGUAUAUUGUAAAGCUAACAGUUUUUUUUACAAGCCUUAUAGUUGUAAAAUAUUAUGUGCAGCAGCUGUGUAUAUACCAACUAUAGGCACGGUGUGGGGAUGGAGCUUGUCAAUGAGUCACUAUAGUGAAUAGUGCUCCUGCACUGUAGCAGUCAACCAGAACUCCUCCAAGUCUUUGUCAAAAUCCAAUUUAAAACUUCAUUCACAUGUAUUACGUGUCCAUGCUGUUUAAUUCAGACUGGUUUGGUGAAUCGAUUUGUGAGGUUCCAAAGUUAUUGCUCACUAAUUUUAGUUUUACAACUUUAAACUCACUUCCAACUGAGGUAUUGCAUCCAGUCCAACUCCAAAAUAUAUCAUAUGUGCUACCGUGCAGAGAUUUAAACAGUUAUUCUGUUAUACUGAUGUCACGAGUCAUAUUACCAAAUGUCUCUAUAAAAAUCAAGUGCUAAUUUGCAGCUGUAUAACAAGGCCUGGAGUGCGCUGUGAUUUCAAUUUACCGCCUACACUCUGACACUCAGCAGUGUAUCGCUAUCACUAAGGCAUGGUGUGUACAUUUCUGUUUAACAAGAACAAAUGAUUGGUUUCAAUGAAAUGUUUUAUACAUAGGAUCAUGACAGUCAUUUACCUAAUAUAAAAUUCUAAAUAUGUCUCCUCAUAUUUGCCCAGUGUGCCCAAUUUGUGGUCUCAUUACUCCCAAUCCGGUCUCUGGUUUUUAACAGACGAGGAGCAAGCUGACAAAGUGAGACGCUCCAUCCACGCAAGGCUUGGUGCCCUUCUAUGCAACUGACCCAUUGGUACUGUUAGAUAUGUGAUGUAGACUGUAAUCACUGCCUUUUAGACACUGUGAAUUUUGGUACUCUAUAUUUUUGUAUAUUGUACAUUGUAAAUGAUAAUAAAUCAUGAUGAUGA